AGGACCCGAGAUGCCGUGCUGCUCUCCAUGAGCUGGUCGUCGAGUGUGCCUCCUGCAGCCCUCUGUGAACCUCCGGCUGUGCGGGGGCUUGGCGGUGCCCCUUGCCAAGAUGAAGUGCGUCUUAGUGGCCACAGAAGGUGCAGAGGUCCUCUUCUACUGGACAGACGAGGAGUUUGCAGAGAGUCUGCGGCUGAAGUUCGGGUUUGAGGGAGAAGAGCUUCCUGCCAUGGAGGACCAGCUCAGCACCCUCCUGGCCCCAGUCAUCAUUUCCUCCAUGACCAUGCUGGAGAAGCUCUCAGAUACAUACACGUGCUUCUCAACGGAAAAUGGCAACUAUCUGUACGUCCUUCACCUGUUUGGAGAAUGCCUGUUCAUUGCCAUCAAUGGAGACCACACGGAGGGCGAGGGUGACCUGCGGCAGAAGCUGUGCGUGCUCAAGUACCUGUUCGAGGUGCACUUCGGGCUGGUCACCGUGGAUAGCCAGCUCAUCCGAAAGGAGCUGCGGCCCCCAGACCUUGAGCUGCGCAUCCAGGUGUGGGAGCAUUUCCAGAGCCUGCUGUGGACGUAUGGCCGCCUGCGGGAGCAGGAGCAGUGCUUCGCUGUGGAGGCUGUGGAGCGAUUGAUUCACCCUCAGCUCUGUGAGCUAUGCAUAGAGGCCCUGGAGCGGCACGUCAUCCAGGCUGUGAACUCCAGCCCCGAGAGGGCUGGCGAGGAGGCCCUGCACGCCUUCCUGCUUGUACACUCCAAGCUGCUGGCCUUCUACUCCAGCCACAGUGCCAGUUCCCUGCGCCCAGCUGACCUCCUCGCCCUCAUCCUCCUGGUCCAGGAUCACUACCCCAGCGAGACCACAGCGGAGGACGAUGACCCUCAGCCUUUCCCACAGAAGCCAUGGAGCAGCCAGAGCAUCCCCGUGCAGCAGGCCUGGGGCCCUGCUUCCACAGCCCGGGCCAGGAGGAGUUCUGCAGCAACAGAGACCGACAGCUUCUCCCUCCCUGAGGAGUACUUCACACCAGCUCCUUCCCCCAAGGAGCACAGCUCAGGUAGCACCGUCUGGCUGGAUGAGGGCACCCCACCCACGGAUGCUCCCCAGAUAGCUGAAGACAGCCUCCAGACGCUGGUCCCUCCCUCCCCAGUCGCUUCCGGCCCCAGAAGGAUUUUCCUAGAUGCCAACGUGAAGGAGAGCCACUGCCCCAUGGUGCCCCACACUGCCUACUGCCUCCCCUUGUGGCCGGGCAUCAAUAUGGUACUCCUAACCAAGGGCCCCAGCACCCCCCUGGCCCUCGUCCUGUACCAGCUGCUGGACGGGUUUUCCCUACUGGAGAAGAAGCUGAAGGAGGGGCAGGAGGCCGGGAGCACCCUGCGGUCCCACCCCUUCAUGGGCGACCUGCGGCAGAGGAUGGACAAGUUUGUCAAGAAUCGUGGGGGGCAAGAGAUUCAGAGCACCUGGCUGGAGUUCAAGAGCAAGGCUUUCUCCAGGAGCGAACCCGGAUCGUCCUGGGAGCUGCUCCAGGCGUGUGGGAAGGUGAAGCGGCAGCUUUGUGCCAUCUACCGUCUCAGCUUCCUGACCACAGCUCCAGGCCGGGGGGGCCCCCAUCUGCCCCAGCAGCUACAGGGCCAGGUGCAAGCCGUCAUGCAAGAGAAGCUGAUGGACUGGAAGGACUUCUUGUUGGUGAAGAGUAGGAGGAACGUCACCAUGGUGUCCUACCUAGAAGACUUCCCGGGCUUGGUGCAUUUCAUCUAUGUGGACCGCACGACCGGCCAGAUGGUGGCCCCUUCCCUCAGCAGCAGUAAAAGGAUUUCGUCAGAGCUGGGCAGGGGGCCACUGGCCACCUUCAUCAGAACCAAGGUCUGGUGUCUGAUCCGGCUGGCGCGCAGAUGUCUGCAGAAGGGCUACAGCACGCUGCUGUUCCGGGAGGGUGACUUCUGCUUCUCCUACUUCCUGUGGUUCGAGAACGAGAUGGGGUACAAACUCCAGAUAAUAGAGGUGCCUGUCCUCUCGGAUGACUCGGCCUCCAUCGGCGUGCUGGGAGGAGACUACUACAGGAAGCUCCUGCGCUACUAUAGCAAGGGCCACCCCGCUGAGGCCGUCAAGUGCCACGAGCUGCUGGCCCUCCACCUGUCGGUCAUCCCCACAGACGUGCUGGUGCAGCAGGCCGGCGAGCUGGCCCGGCGCCUGUGGGAGACCUCCCACCUCCCCUUGCUCUAGGCUAGGGCGCUGCAGUCUGGCUGUGCACCUUGGCCCCCUGCAGAGCAGCCGCUAGGGGUAGGACAGCCUCCUGGCUCUUUAAAGAAACCACCUAGACUAGGCUCCCCUCCAGGUACCAAACCCCCAAAUCCUUCUCUUUGGGGGAGGAGGGAGGCCAGGGGAGUCCCUUGGUCUCCUUAAAACAACAGUGGCUGUGAGGUUAGAACUAGGGCAUCUGCUUUCAGAGCUGCCUCUCCCUUGAUCCCCAGGAGACAGGAAGUCCCCGGGGCUUGCGGGUGUCUGAAGAUACCUCCUUUAUGCUUUCCUUGGAGUGGAGAAAGAGCUUCCUCGGGAAGCCGUUUCCCUCCCCAAAUGCAAGGUGCUGCCUUGGCUGGGUGGGCCACUUCCUCUCUGCAGCUCUGGGCGGGUUUCCCACACUCUACACCCGUUUCCCCCGCAUUCAGAGGGAUAGCACCUACCUCUCGGGGUGGUUGUGAGGGCUGCCCGGCAUGCGGCAGGUGCUCAAUAAAUGCUGGUUGUGGUCACUGUUGUUCAAGCCAAACGUGCCUGGGCUCCUGGGCUCUUCCGGGUGCAUUGAAGUCCUGG